UCACAUCAUGCCCAUCUGCCUGCCCUCCGUCUCCUUCCCCUGUGGCAUGGAAUGCUGGGUCACCGGCUGGGGCGAUAUCGGCUAUAAUGAGAGUCAGACAGCACCACGGACCCUCCAGAAGGUGACAGCACAACUGAUGGGCCGAAAAGAGUGUGACCAGAUGUAUCAUGAGAUAUUAGCAGUGGUUUCCAACUCCAGGAUCAUUCAAGAUAACAUGAUAUGUGCUGGAUAUGAAGAAGGACUGAGAGACACCUGCCAGGGAGACUCUGGAGGACCUCUGGUGUGUAAUGUGCGUGGGGUCUGGUACCAAGUUGGCAUCGUAAGCUGGGGUUAUAAGUGCGCUCUACCAAGAAGACCAACCGUAUACACCCUGGUGUCCUCCUACCAGUCAUGGAUGAAGAUUUCCAUCCCAGAUAUCAAAUUCACCAAAGUGACUAAAAUCCCAGAGCCAAGUGUGAGAUGUUCAGGAAGCCUCCUCAUGCCAGAUCCAAUGUGGACACUUCUGAUUCUACUGACAUGGAUAUCGGGCUCCACCAAUCUAAGGGCCUCUCAGAUCCAACCUUGGAUUCAUCUUCCUCAAGCCAUUAAACAAUUCUUCAAAGUCUCAUUGUGUCAGGACUGUAUUGAAAUCCUAUAA